AUGAGCUCCAAAUCCGCCGCAGCGAUUCUCCAGCGGCAGUUCAGAGACUUGACUGAUCCGAAAAAGGGGAUCCCUUCGUUCCACAUUGAGCUUGACGACGAUAACAUCUUCUUGUGGAACAUCGGCAUCAUGGUGCUCAACAAAGAGUCGAUGUACCACGGCGGUUUCUUCAAGGGCCAGAUGAGAUUUCCGGCCGACUUCCCCUUCUCGCCUCCAACAUUCCGCUUCACCCCGGCCAUCUACCACCCUAAUGUUUACCGCGAUGGCAGAUUGUGUAUUUCCAUUCUCCACCAAGGCGGUGACCCAACCUCGGAUGAGCCUGACAGUGAGACGUGGUCCCCAGCACAGACAGUUGAGUCGGUGUUGAUUUCGAUCGUGUCGCUUUUGGAGGACCCCAACAUCUCUUCGCCAGCUAACAUCGAUGCCUCGGUCGAGUUGCGCAAGAGCCCGGAAGCAUACAAGAAGAAGGUCAUGCAAGAGGUGGCCAGAUCGAAGCAGGACAUCCCUGAAGGUUUUGUUGUGCCUGAGUCCGAAGUCCAUGCUUAUGGUGGCGCCAACGGUGCUGCUAAAGAUGCCGAACAGGAGCCUGUGGAUGAGGAUUUCUGGUACGACAGCGAGGAGGAGUCCUUUGACGAAGAAAGCCUCAUGGACGACAUGGAGGAUGUGGAGGAUGAUGUCGAGGAAGAAGAGAGCGACGUGGAGAUCGCUGUGAAAUAG